GAGAGAGAGUGAGAGAGAGAGAGAGAGAGAGUGAGAGAGAGAGAGAGAGAGAGAGAGAGAGAGAGAGAGAGAGAGAGAGAAAGGGAGAGAGAAAGAGUGAAAGAGAGAGGAGAGAAAAUCGAAAAAUGGCAGUCCAGCUGAACAAUCUCUACAAUUCCAACGCUUCCACUUGGAAGCUGAAAGUAGAGGUCCAAUUGAAACUUCUCAAAUCCACAAAACAAACAAAACCACCAUCAUUAUUUCGAGCCUACGCAGCAUCAGCUUCGACCAAUGCUCGGCAACUGAUUGAGUCAGGAGACAUCAAGGCCAUAACACCCAGGGAAGCAGCCACAGCCACUGGGUCGGAGGGGUACGUGUUGCUGGAUGUUAGACCGGUAUGGGAAAGAGAGAAGGCACGUGUUUCUGGGUCACUGCACGUGCCUCUGUUCGUUGAGGACGAGGACAUCAGUCCCAUUACUCUGAUAAAGAAAUGGGUGCAUUUUGGUUAUAUUGGUCUUUGGACUGGCCAGAGUUUUACGACCUUGAAUCCUGAUUUUCUCAACCAAGUGGUCGAAGUUGUUCCUGAUAAGGAUACAAAGCUGCUUGUGGCUUGUGGUGAAGGGCUAAGGUCUUUGAUGGCAGCAUGGAAGUUAUAUAAUGAUGGAGGGUACAGGAAGUUAGGAUGGUUGGCGGGAGGAUUCAAUCGGUCAUCGGAGGGUGAUUUUGAAGGCGUUGAAGGGCCAGAAAAAUUGGAGUAUGCCACAAUUGGUGGUGUCUCAUACUACUUUCUUCAAUUGCUCUUACUUUUACGAGCUGUGGGCAAAGACUAAUUUGCAGGUUUCUCAACAUUUGUCAUUUGUACAUUUACCAAACUUUAAAGCAUUUUAUGCCCUUUUUUUU